AUGUUAUUAUUAUUAUUAUUAUUAUUAUUAUUAUUAUUAUUAUUAUUAUUAUUAUUAUUAUUAUUAUUAUUAUUAUUAUUAUUAUUAUUAUUAUUAUUAUUAUUAUUAUUAUUAUUAUUAUUAUUAUUAUUAUUAUUAUUAUUAUUAUUAUUAUUAUUAUUAUUAUUAUUAUUAUUAUUAUUAUUAUUAUUAUUAUUAUUAUUAUUAUUAUUAUUAUUAUUAUUAUUAUUAUUAUUAUUAUUAUUAUUAUUAUUAUUAUUAUUAUUAUUAUUAUUAUUAUUAUUAUUAUUAUUAUUAUUAUUAUUAUUAUUAUUAUUAUUAUUAUUAUUAUUAUUAUUAUUAUUAUUAUUAUUAUUAUUAUUAUUAUUAUUAUUAUUAUUAUUAUUAUUAUUAUUAUUAUUUUAUUAUUAUUAUUAUUAUUAUUAUUUACUACUAUUAUUAUUAUUAUUAUUAUUAUUAUUAUUAUUUAUUAUUAAUAUAUUAUUUUAUUAUUAUAUUAUUAUUAUUAAUUAUUAUUAUUUAUUAUUAUUAUUUUAUUAUUAUUAUUAUUAUUAUUAUUAUUAUUAUUAUUAUUAUUAUUAUUAUUAUUAUUAUUAUUAUUAUUAUUAUUAUUAUUAUUAUUAUUAUUAUUAUUAUUAUUAUUAUUAUUAUUAUUAUUAUUAUUAUUAUUAUUAUUAUUAUUAUUAUUAUUAUUAUUAUUAUUAUUAUUAUUAUUAUUAUUAUUAUUAUUAUUAUUAUUAUUAUUAUUAUUAUUAUUAUUAUUAUUAUUAUUAUAUUAUAGAUAUAGAGCUUGAUCUGUCAACUAAAAAUGAGGCAACGAAUAUUUUUUUUACUCAAAUUCCUUUCGCUUUUUCAAGAACCUAUUAUUUCUUAUUGAUCGUCAAAUGGAAGCAAAAGCCAAGAUUGUUAAGAAAUUCUGUUACGGGCUAA